AACAAAUUAGUUGAAGAGAAAUGGGGAUUGUGAUGAGAAUUGUUGUAAUGGCAGCCAUGGUUUUAUGCCUUUCCUCUAUUGCACUCGCUGCACAAGGGAUUGCCGUUUGGUAUAAAAAUGAAGCUGGUCCUGGCAAACCUCCUUAUACUCCUUCAAAAUGCAAUGGGAAUCAAGAUAAUGGCGCAAUGGAGGCAUGUGGGAAAAGUGAUGCUCUGUGGAGUAAUGGAGCAGCAUGUGGGAAAAGUUACAGAGUGAGCUCCAUAGCAGGGACAAACCUUGCACCCCACCCUUGCAAACAAGGCAGCAGCGUCGUAGUUAAAAUUGUGAAUUAUUGCAGCCGAGGCUGCCAAGGAGAAAUUAAUCUCUCUAGAGAUGCCUUUGCUCAAAUUGCUGAUCCUGAUGCCAGAAUUGUUAAAGUUCAAUAUGACCAGUGAGCCCAGCUCCUCCUUUGCUUUCAAAUUAUUUAACUCUACCAAAUUAAUUUUUUUUAAAAAAAAACCUGUUAAAA